AUGACCGAAAUCUCCGAAGCCACCGAAUUGCAACACUUGCACUUGAUUAUAAUUGAAGAAGAAUAUAAUUGUUCUAUUGAGAAAAUACGUUGUUCUAACAUACAAACGAUUAGAAUUUUACUUACAAGUGUUUUGAUUUUUUGUUUAUUAUUUUCAACCUAUUAUUCGGCUGGUUUAACUUUAUCGUUGCGUUUCCCCAGAUUUAUGCGUAAGAUUGAUUCGUUACAGGAUGUUAUUGAUAGUAAAAUAAAAUGGUUUGAGCCGAAUGAAUGGAUGAAAAUUUGGAUGAAAAACACCUCGAAUGAAGUGAUCCAACAAUUUGCCGAUUUGUUUGAAGGUUUCAAUAAUAUAACUGAAAGAAAUGCAAAGAUAAAACAUGAAAGUUAUGGUUUAUUGGUUGAAACAAUUAUGGGAGUAAAAGAGAAUCAACGCUAUGUCAUGUUUUCCGAAUCUUUGGACGAAUUUGGCAAAAAACAUUUAAAAAUUAUAACCGAAAGCAUUGGUUGUUUUUACACUGUUUUUGCAUUAAAGCGAAAUUCCCCAUAUGUGGAUAAAUUUAACAAAGACAUACUGAGUUUUAUCGAAUUUGGUUUUACAAAUCAUUGGUUGAUAGAGUUUAGUGGUAAACCUGAGAUAAGAUACAUGGAGAUGUUUUUUCAAAAAUACUCAGAUGAGAUGGAUCAACUUAUCGAUAUGGAGAAAUUACAAGGGGCUUUUUAUUUCCUGCUAGUGGGUCUCAUUUUAUCAACCGUUGUAUUUUUCACAGAAUAUUUUUUUAAAAUUGGUCUCAAAAACGAAAUUUAUACUGAAUAAUAACACAUUUUGUGAUUUUUCCAUUAAGGGUUUAUAAA